AUGCCGAAGCGCAAGCGUCGGACUAGCAAUGGGGAGACUGUGACCGUGUAUUUCACAAAAGCCUUGAUGGAUCGGAUGGAUGACAAUCGUGUACAAUGGAUCCGCAAGACUGGAGAAUUCUGGCCAGGUGGCGAUAUCAGAAUAUCUGAAAAUUUAUGGCUGCGUGCUGCAUUCACCAAGUCUUCCCUGUCCAAAGUACCCCGGGAAAAUUCGAUUCGACAAAGCCUGUACGAGAUCAUCCGCAAAAAGAAGUUACGCUUUGGUCGAAGCGAUGACGACUUGGAUACCUGGGUCACGCAGCAAGCACAUCGAGGACACCAGGUGCUGUUAAACCAUGCGAAGAACAAACGCAAGGGUGUCACCUUCCUAUCUCCAGCUACGAAAGAAAAACAAAAGGUUGCCAGAGAGAUGCGGGCUGCUGUUUUUGUCAACCUUGUGACCAUGCGCAAAGUGAUGGACCAUGGUGGCAAUGGCCAUGUGCAACUGGCCCCAUGCAAUUUGGAGAUUUUACAGAAGUCGAAUUAUUUGUUCCACUCAGCCCACAACGGGCUUGCGAUGGAAUCUUUGGAAGCAAACAAACUACUUUGGAAAUCCCGUCCAAAACACCACAAGCUAGACCAUCUGGUCUACGAUGUUGAUCCCCAGACCAAUCCCAUCAAACUCAGCUGCCACAUGGACGAAGACGCGGUUGGAAAAUUGAAAAAAAUAGCGAUGGCCAGCAGCCCCCAAAACAUGGGCGAAAAUGUUCUUAGUAGAUACGCAUCUUACAUAUGCGUCCGUUGGUUGAGGAGAAUGGAAUGA